AAGCUCCAGAAAGAUGGCGGGUUACAUGAAGCUGUUCGGAGCCACGGGACUUCUCCACAGACUUUCAGUCCACGCGGUGAGAGCUAACCCGCCCGGGCUGUUCCGCUUCGGCUUCGGCCGGACCGACACGCCGGGCCGAGGCGGGUUUCGCUCGGUUGGGCUCCACACCGGCAGCGGGACCCCGCAGACGUCCAACAUGGCAGCCGGCGGCAGGCGCAGCUGGCUGCGGGUCAGCAGCGUCCACUCCGGGUUACUCACCUCCACCUGCCGCCCCUUCGCCGGCCAGGACAGGGACUUCGGGAACCGGGCCAGCGGCGCCAACUUCUCCGGGGAGGACGACGACGGGCAAGGCGGCGGUUCUGGGGGAGAGGAGUCCGGCGGCGGCGACGAGGGAGCCGCCGCGUACGCCGCACCGCAGAUGACGGCUCUCACCCCCAUGAUGGUGCCGGAGGUCUUCCCCAAUGUGCCGCUGGUCGCCGUCAGCAGGAACCCGGUGUUCCCUCGCUUCAUCAAGAUCAUAGAGGUGAAGAACAAGGAGCUGAUGGAGCUGCUGAGGAGGAAGGUGCGCCUGGCACAGCCCUACGCCGGCGUCUUCCUCAAGAGAGACGACACCAACGAGUCCGACGUGGUGGAGUCCCUGGACGCCGUCUACGCCACGGGGACCUUCGUCCAGAUCCACGAGAUGCAGGACCUGGGAGACAAGCUGCGGAUGAUCGUCAUGGGACACCGCAGGGUCCGGAUCACCAGGCGUCUGGAGGUGGAGCCGGAGGAAGCGGCCGCGCCGUCAGAGUCGGAGUCGGAGUCCGGGCAGCAAGCCAAACCUGCGCCGAGACGCAAAGCCAAACGCAGCCGGCGUGACCAGGCGGGGCCGCUUAGUGAGCAGAUGGAGGACAAAAUCGUGGAAGCGGAGCUGAUGCCAGAACUUGAGCCUCUUUCCUCUGCCAACAUCUUGAUGGUGGAAGUGGACAACGUCCAUCACGAGCAAUUCACCGUCACAGAGGAAGUCAAGGCCCUGACGGCCGAGAUCGUCAAGACCAUCCGGGACAUCAUCGCUCUCAACCCCCUGUACAGGGAGUCUGUGCUUCAGAUGAUGCAGGCGGGCCAGCGUGUGGUGGACAACCCCAUCUACCUGAGCGACAUGGGGGCGGCUCUGACGGGGGCGGAGUCACACGAGCUGCAGGACGUCCUGGAGGAGACCAAUAUCCCCAAGCGUCUCUACAAGGCUCUGUCGCUGCUCAAGAAGGAGUUUGAGCUCAGCAAGCUGCAGCAGCGUCUGGGCCGAGAGGUGGAGGAGAAGAUCAAGCAGACGCACAGGAAGUACCUCCUGCAGGAGCAGCUCAAGAUCAUCAAGAAGGAGUUGGGUCUGGAGAAGGAGGACAAGGAGGCCAUCGAGGAGAAGUUCCGAGAGAGACUGAAAGACAGGACGGUCCCUCAGCACAUCAUGGACGUCAUUAACGAGGAACUCAACAAGCUCUCCCUGCUGGACAACCACUCCUCUGAGUUCAACGUCACUCGCAACUACCUGGACUGGCUGACCAGCAUGCCGUGGGGCACCAACAGUGAGGAGAACUUAGCGCUGGAUAGAGCCAAGGAGGUUCUGGAAGAAGAUCAUUAUGGGAUGGAUGACAUUAAGAAGCGCAUACUGGAGUUCAUAGCCGUCAGUCAGCUGCGAGGCUCCACCCAGGGCAAGAUCCUGUGCUUCUACGGCCCCCCCGGGGUGGGCAAGACCUCCAUCGCCCGCUCCAUCGCCCGGGCCCUCAACAGAGAGUACUUCAGGUUCAGCGUGGGCGGUAUGACGGAUGUGGCUGAGAUUAAAGGACACAGGAGGACGUACGUUGGCGCCAUGCCGGGGAAGAUCAUCCAGUGCCUCAAGAAAACCAAGACGGAGAAUCCUCUGGUUCUGAUUGAUGAGGUGGAUAAGAUAGGCCGCGGGUAUCAAGGCGAUCCGUCCUCAGCUCUGCUGGAGCUUCUGGACCCGGAGCAGAACGCCAACUUCCUGGACCACUACCUGGAUGUUCCUGUGGAUCUUUCAAAGGUGCUGUUCAUCUGCACGGCCAACGUGACCGACACCAUACCGGAGCCCCUGCGGGACCGCAUGGAGAUGAUUAACGUGUCGGGAUACGUGGCGCAGGAGAAACUGGCCAUCGCUCAGCGCUACCUGGUGCCUCAGCUGCGCUCGCUGUGCGGCCUCAGCGAGGACACGGCGUCCAUCUCGCCCGACGCUCUCGGUCUGCUCAUCAGACAGUACUGCCGAGAGUCCGGGGUCCGGAACCUGCAGAAGCAAGUGGAAAAGGUCUUCCGCAAGGUGGCGUUCUCCAUCGUGAGCGGAGAGCGGCAGACGGUCAGCGUUUCCCCCGACAACCUGCAGGAGUACGUGGGCAAACCCGUCUUCACCGUGGACAGGAUGUACGACGUCACGCCGCCGGGGGUGGUCAUGGGGCUGGCGUGGACGGCCAUGGGAGGAUCCACGCUGUUCAUCGAGACCUCACUGCGGCGACCGGUUGGGAAAGAUGCCAAAGGGGAGGGGUCGCUGGAGGUGACAGGUCAGCUCGGCGACGUCAUGAAGGAGAGCGCCAAAAUCGCGUCCACCUUCGCCAGAGCCUUCCUGAUGCAGCAGGAGCCCGACAACGACUUCCUGGUCAACUCCCACCUGCACCUGCACGUUCCUGAGGGCGCGACCCCCAAAGACGGACCGAGCGCCGGCUGCACCAUCGUCACGGCGCUGUUGUCCCUGGCAACCGGCCGGCCCGUGCGCCCCGACGUGGCCAUGACGGGGGAGGUGUCCCUGACCGGGAAGAUCCUUCCUGUGGGAGGGAUCAAGGAGAAAACCAUCGCCGCCCGUCGUGCGGGAGUGACGUGCAUCGUCCUGCCCGCCGAGAACCGAAAGGACUUCUCGGACCUGCCGGACUACAUCAGCGAGGGCCUGGAGGUCCACUUUGUGGAUCACUACAGUCAAAUCUUCCCGGUGGUCUUCCCACCGGAGCCCCCUCUGGCUGUGAAGUCCAGGUCGUAGCCACCGACCGCCUCGUCUCUUUAGCCAAUGAAACGCUGUGACUCUGGUGGGCCACAGCUCCCACAAUGCACUGCUGUGGACAGACUCUUUCAGAGAGAAAUAUUAUUUUAUAUUAAUAAAUCUACUAUAACAAU